AUGAUUGAGGACAUCAAGACUCUCCGCGAGGAGCAUGUGUACCGCGCCAAGCUCGCUGAGCAGGCGGAGCGCUAUGACGGGGGGAGUUGGUUGGAGGCAGUCGAGAUGGCGGAGGCGAUGAAGAAUUUGGUGGAGAACUGCCUCGACCAGAACAGCUCCACUCCAGGCGGCAAGGGGGAUGAGUUAACUGUUGAGGAGAGGAAUCUGUUGAGUGUUGCCUACAAGAAUGCCGUGGGAGCGCGCCGUGCUAGUUGGCGCAUCAUUUCUUCUGUCGAGCAGAAGGAGGCUAACAGGAACCAUAUGACGAACAAGGGGCUUGCGGCGAGCUACAGACAGAAGGUUGAGAAUGAGCUGAACAAAAUCUGCCAGGAGAUCCUCACCCUUCUCACCGACAAGCUGCUCCCUCGCACCACGGAUUCGGAGAGCCGUGUGUUUUACUUCAAGAUGAAGGGCGACUACUACCGCUACAUUUCCGAGUUUAGCAACGAAGAAGGGAAGAAGGCCUCCGCAGAACAGGCGGAAGAAUCGUACAAGCGUGCGACGGACACCGCUGAAGCAGAGCUCCCAUCUACUCAUCCCAUCCGUUUGGGUUUGGCCCUGAACUACUCCGUGUUCUACUACGAAAUUCUCAACCAGCCACAAAAGGCCUGUGAAAUGGCCAAGUUGGCAUUUGAUGACGCAAUAACCGAGUUCGACAGCGUUUCCGAGGAGUCUUACAAGGAUUCAACUCUCAUCAUGCAGCUGCUGCGUGACAAUCUUACUCUCUGGACGAGCGACUUGCAGACUCAGGAGCAGCAGCAGCAGCCUGUGGGCGAAGGCGCUGAAGCGCCCAAGGUGGAGGCCACUACUGAGCAGCAGUAG